AUGCGAGAGAAAUUCUACCCUUUGCACGUGAGAAAAGAUAAGUCAAACGAGUUCGCUCGUUUGGAAAUGGGAGACAUGACUGUUGAUGAAUAUUAUCGAAAAUUUAUGGAAUAUAUUCAGUAUUGUCCUGAUGAUGUUCCCACUGAGGAGAAAAAGAUGCAGCGUUUUGAAAUGGGAUUGUCAUAUGACAUUCAAAAACAUAUUGAGAGCGACCGCUAUAACACCCUGGAACAGAUGUACAAGCGUGCGUCUCAAAUAGGGAAUAUUCUGAGGAAGGAGAAAGAAAAAGAGAAGAGUCAUGUCCCUGAGAAGAGGAAAGAGGUUGCUGGCCAGACAUCAGGGAAUUUGUCGGACUUUUAUCAGAAGAAAGCAAGAACUUUCGGAAAGUUUCAAGGAAGUAGGUCUAGUACAAAUUCUAGGUUUAAGGGAGACGCGAAACCUGCUAAGCCACUACUGGACCGAGAUGGCAAUGUAAGGAAGUAUUUCUGUACGAGAUGUAAGGGAAACCAUCUGGGAAAGGAUUGUGAUGGGAAUUUGGUCAAAUGUAAUUUUUGUCACAAAAGGGGACGUAGGGAGUAUGAAUGCUACGUUACGAAAAGGUUUCAGCGACCUUUUAGUGGGGGACAAGGCCGGGUGGAUGGAAACCGGAUCGAAGGGUCAAGUAUGCAACGUGGGGGAAAUCAAGGGGGAGGAAUAAAUGCACAGCCUGUAGGUGGACGGGUAUCUGCGGUGAGUGCAAGGGAAGCUGACCAAGCGACGGAUGUAGUCACAGGUACGUUCACCAUCCAUUCUGUAGCUGUUAAUGUACUUUUUGAUUCGGGUGCAACAUGUUCUUUUCUUGCAAAGAGUAAGGUAGAGGAGUUGAAUUUAGGAACGUUUGAAAAAGUUUCUUAUACAGUGGCUGUUCCAUUGGGAAAAUUGUACAAUUGUGACAGAUUGUAUAAGGAAGUACCCUUGAGAAUAGGGAAGGUCAUUUUUCCAUGUGACUUUCAAGUGGGAAAGAAGGAGGAGGGUCCUAAGGACAUUGCUGUAGUGAAUGAAUUUUUGGAUGUUUUCUCUGACAAAAUUCCAGGCAUGCCACCUCAACGGAAAAUUGAUUUCACAAUACACUUGGUACUUGGGACGGGACCGAUUUCCAAGGCCCCGUAUCGCAUGGCUCCGAAGGAGAUGGAGGAAUUAAAGUCUCAACUUGAGGAAUUGUGGGACAAGGGAUAUGUCCGACCUAGUGUUUCUCCUUUGGGGGCUCCAGUUUUAUUUGUGAGGAAGAAGGAUGGCAGUCUGAGGUUAUGCAUUGAUUAUAGGGAGUUAAAUAAGGUGACCGUUAAGAACAGGUACCUGUUGCCCCGCAUUGACGAUCUAUUUGAUCAAUUGAGAGGAGCUGAGAUCUUUUCAAAAAUUGACUUAAGAUCGGGUUAUCACCAGCUAAGGAUAGCUGAAGGGGAUAUAUAUAAGACAGCUUUUAGAACGUGUUAUGGGCAUUAUGAGUUCACCGUGAUGCCUUUUGGAUUAAUAAAUGCUCCAGCUGCAUUCAUGUGUUUGAUGAAUCAAGUAUUUAGUGCGUACUUGGAUAAGUUUGUGGUAGCCUUUAUUGACGACAUAUUGGUCUAUUCGAAAAACCAGGAUGAUCAUGAGAAACAUCUACGAUUAGUCCUGCAAACCCUGCGAGAAAACAAGUUGUACGCAAAAUUGUCAAAGUGUGAAUUUUGGUUGGAAAAGGUGUCAUUUUUGGGCCUUUUUGUUUCUAAGGAGGGCGUUUCGGUUGAUCCGGCGAAAAUAGAGGCAGUUCGUAGCUAG